AUGAGGCUCGCGUUUGUGCAAAUUUUUGCACUGAGCGUUGUUGGUCUCCUGGCUAACGUGAGUGCGAAAGUUCCGAAAAAUAGAAUCGUGAAUGAAAAUAAAAAUAGUGAUUUAUCGCCGGCACCGAUAAAUAUUAACUCAGUGAAUAUAUUCUUCCCCCAAAGUGAUAUAAGCUCUUAUUUUAAGCAAUUGCCAAAACCGAUCGCAAAAGUCUUACCGUCGACGCCAGAAUUAAGUGUUACAAAUUUAGAUAUUCAGUUAUCAAAAGUGCGGUAUCCGAUCGAAAACCAAAAUCUACCGGAACAAUACGGCGAAAUAAAUGAACCCCUUUAUAAUGCGCAGCCAUUAAGAAAACCCUUCAAUAACUUCCCACCCUUUAAUCAGCCCCUUAGAAAUAGUCCCCCUCGUGGAUCCUUUCCUGAAUCCUUUAUUUCUCCCGGUAUCAAACAAUAUCCCUUUAACCAAAAACCCGAAUAUGGAAACAAUCAGUAUCCCCCGAAUAUCCAGCCAAUACAGCAGAACCCCCAAUAUUACAUUGAAUGGAUUAUUAACCAAAUACAAGAAGGAUUAUUGCAACCCUCUAUUGGGAUGCCAGUAGCUCCACCAGAAUGGAUAACCAUAAUAAUCUCUCAAAUCACCGACGGGUUAUUGUAUCCCGAAAAACCAAGGCCUCGCUGGCCAUGGAUAAAUGAUAUAAUAACAAAAAUCCGAGUUAACUUGCUGAGACCAAAAUGGUCGCAAUCACAAAGUAUUUGGAUAGUAAUACAAAAUAUUGUCAGUGAAAUACUAGAUCAUGCUCCACAAAUACCACCGAGUCCACAAAAUCAACUCCCGGAAUACGGUUUUCCACCAACAUCGCAGAACUACCAAAUUACCAUCAAUUUGAUAAUUGAUCAGAUACAAAACGAAUUAUUGCAACAAUUACCUAAUAAGCCAGAUAUUCCGCAACAAUGGAUUAGCAUAAUUAUAACUCAAAUCACAGACGGUUUAUUGAACCCCGAUGAACCAAGUCCCCGAUCUCCAUGGAUCAAUGAAAUAAUAUUCGAAAUCAGAGACAUUAUCCUUAGGCAAAAUUGGCUUCAACCACAAGACAUCUUUAUAAUAAUAAGACGCAUAGUGAAUCAAAUUUUUGAAAAUGCGCCACAGCUUAACCCAAAUGAACCUUACCAACAAGGGUGGAUGAAUCAAUAUUUUAAUUUCUUUCAAAAUACGAGACAACCAACUACCCCAAAACCAGAGGAUCCACAGGGAAUGGAACUGGUUAGUUGGAUAACUCAAUUAUUUAACCCGUCCCAACAAGAUAGCCCAAUUCCAACGCCCGAAGAAAAAAAACAAGAACCUUCUGAUGGUGGGAUGCAGAUAUCCUGGUCAGAAUUUCCAAAGGAAGAACAAUUACAAACAACAUCACCAAUACCUUUCGGAAACUCAAAGGAACCAGAAACUCCUUCGCCCUUGGACGAACUUUUGGAAGGUAGUUAUGGUGUAAGCUUCUGGCCACAGUCUUCCGGCGAUCCAACAAAUUUACAAGAACAACCAAUACCAGAGGGUAAGCUGCAGGAAAAACCUACGACAAUAACACCUUUACCAUACGGAGACUUAAUGGAACCACCAACCAGUGCGCCCUUGAGAGAAUCCGAAAGUAGUUUAAGUGUUAGUUACUGGCCACUGCCUUCAGGCGACCUCCCACAGCAACAACCAACGCCAGAAGGAAAAGUUCAAGAACAACCUACGACAACAACACCUUCACUAUAUUCAGAUCUAUUAGCUUCAACAACUCCUUCACCUUUGGGAGAAUCUUUCGAUGAUAGUUUAAGUGUUAGUUACUGGCCACUGCCUUCAGGUGACCAACCACAACCACAGCAACAACCAACGCCAGAAGGAAAACUACAAGAACAACCUACGACAACAACACCUUCACCAUACGGAGAUUUAUUAGCAUCGACAACUCCUUCGGCUUUGGGAGAAUCUUCCGACCAAAGUUUAAGUGUUAGUUUCUGGCCACAGUAUUUAGGCGACCUACCAAAUCCACAAGAACAAUCAACUCCAGAAGAAAAAUUGCAAGAACACCCUACAACAACAACACCUUUACCAUUCGGAGACUUAAUGCAACCAACAACAAGCGCACCCAUUGGAGAAUCCGAAAGUAGUUUAAGUGUUAGUUACUGGCCACUGCCUUCAGGCGACCUCCCACAGCAACAACCAACGCCAGAAGGAAAAGUUCAAGAACAACCUACGACAACAACACCUUCACUAUAUUCAGAUCUAUUAGCUUCAACAACUCCUUCACCUUUGGGAGAAUCUUUCGAUGAUAGUUUAAGUGUUAGUUACUGGCCACUGCCUUCAGGUGACCUACCACAACCACAAGAACAAUCAACGCCAGAAGGAAAACUGCAAGAACAACCUACGACAACAACACCCACACAAUAUGGAGACUUAGCUGAUUUAACAACUCCCUUGCCCUUAGGAGAACCUUACGAACUCAAUUUAAGUGUGAGUUACUUUGCACAUCCACAAGAACAAUCAACGCCAGAAGGAAAACUACAAGAACAACCUACGACAACAACACCUUCACCAUACGGUGAUUUAUUAGCAUCAACAACUCCUUUACCUUUGGGAGAAUCUUCCGACGAAAGUUUAAGUGUUAGUUUCUGGCCACAGUAUUUAGGCGACCUACCAAAUCCACAAGAACAAUCAACUCCAGAAGAAAAAUUGCAAGAACAUUCUACAACAACAACACCUUUACCAUUCGGAGACUUAAUGCAACCAACAACAAGUGCACCCAUUGGAGAAUACGGAAAUAGUUUAAGUGUAAGUUACUUUCCACAUCCACAAGAACAAUCAACGCCAGAAGGAAAACUACAAGAACAACCUACGACGACAACACCUUUACCAUACGGAGGUUUAUUAGCAUCGACAACUCCUUCGGCUUUGGGAGAAUCUUCCGACGAAAGUUUAAGUGUUAGUUUCUGGGCACAGUAUUUAGGCGACCCACCAAAUUCACAAGAACAAUCAACGCCAGAAGAAAAACUGCAAGAAAACCCUACAACAACAACACCUUUACCAUUCGGAGACUUAAUGCAACCAACAGAAAGUGCACCCAUUGGAGAAUACGAAGGUAGUUUAAGUUUAAGUUACUGGCCCCUGCCUUCAGGCGACCUACCACAACCACAGCAACAACCAACGCCAGAAGGAAAACUGCAAGAACAACCUACGACAACAACACAUACACCAUAUGGAGACUUAGCUGAUUUAACAACUCCCGUGCCAUUGGGAGAACCUUCCGAAGACAGUCUUAGUGUAAGUUACUGGCCAUUGCCUUCAGGCGACAUACCACAACCACAACAACAACCAACGCCAGAAGGAAAACUGCCAGAACAAUCUAAAACAACAACACCCACACCAUAUGGAGACUUAGCUGAUUUAACAACUCCCUUGCCCUUAGGAGAACCUUACGAACUCAAUUUAAGUGUGAGUUACUUUGCACAUCCACAAGAACAAUCAACGCCAGAAGGAAAACUACAAGAACAACCUACGACGACAACACCUUCACCAUACGGAGAUUUAUUAGCAUCGACAACUCCUUCGGCUUUGGGAGAAUCUUCCCACGAAAGUUUAAGUGUUAGUUUCUGGCCACAGUAUUUAGGCGACCCACCAAAUUCACAAGAACAAUCAACGCCAGAAGAAAAACUGCAAGAAAACCCUACAACAACAACACCUUUACCAUUCGGAGACUUAAUGCAACCAACAGAAAGUGCACCCAUUGGAGAAUACGAAGGUAGUUUAAGUUUAAGUUACUGGCCCCUGCCUUCAGGCGACGUACCACAACCACAGCAACAACCAACGCCAGAAGGAAAACUACAAGAACAACCUACGACAACAACACAUACACCAUAUGGAGACAUGGCUGAUUUAACAACUCCCGUGCCAUUGGGAGAACCUUCCGAAGACAGUCUUAGUGUAAGUUACUGGCCAUUGCCUUCAGGCGACAUACCACAACCACAACAACAACCAACGCCAGAAGGAAAACUGCCAGAACAAUCUAAAACAACAACACCCACACCAUAUGGAGACUUAGCUGAUUUAACAACUCCCUUGCCCUUAGGAGAACCUUACGAACUCAAUUUAAGUGUGAGUUACUUUGCACAUCCACAAGAACAAUCAACGCCAGAAGGAAAACUACAAGAACAACCUACGACGACAACACCUUCACCAUACGGAGAUUUAUUAGCAUCGACAACUCCUUCGGCUUUGGGAGAAUCUUCCCACGAAAGUUUAAGUGUUAGUUUCUGGCCACAGUAUUUAGGCGACCCACCAAAUUCACAAGAACAAUCAACGCCAGAAGAAAAACUGCAAGAAAACCCUACAACAACAACACCUUUACCAUUCGGAGACUUAAUGCAACCAACAGAAAGUGCACCCAUUGGAGAAUACGAAGGUAGUUUAAGUUUAAGUUACUGGCCCCUGCCUUCAGGCGACGUACCACAACCACAGCAACAACCAACGCCAGAAGGAAAACUACAAGAACAACCUACGACAACAACACAUACACCAUAUGGAGACAUGGCUGAUUUAACAACUCCCGUGCCAUUGGGAGAACCUUCCGAAGACAGUCUAAGUGUAAGUUACUGGCCACUGCCUUCAGGCGACAUACCACAACCACAACAACAACCAACGCCAGAAGGAAAACUGCCAGAGCAAUCUAAAACCACAACACCCACACCAUAUGGAGACUUAGCUGAUUUAACAACUCCCUUGCCCUUAGGAGAACCUUACGAACUCAAUUUAAGUGUGAGUUACUUUGCACAUCCACAAGAACAAUCAACGCCAGAAGGAAAACUACAAGAACAACCUACGACGACAACACCUUCACCAUACGGAGAUUUAUUAGCAUCGACAAAUCCUUCGGCUUUGGGAGAAUCAUCCCACGAAAGUUUAAGUGUUAGUUUCUGGCCACAGUAUUUAGGCGAUCCACCAAAUCCACAAGAACAAUCAACGCCAGAAGAAAAACUGCAAGAAAAACCUACAACAACAACACCUUUACCAUUCGGAGACUUAAUGCAACCAACAGAAAGUGCACCCAUUGGAGAAUACGAUGAUAGUUUAAGUGUUAGUUACUGGCCACUGCCUUCAGGUGACCUACCGCAACCACAUCAACAACCAACGCCAGAAGGAAAACUACAAGAACAACCUACGACAACAACACUUUCACCAUAUGAAGACAAAAAAAGAUCUACGACCAUAAGACCCUAUACUUCAGAUUAUUCUGAUAAUUGGUUUACAAUCUCACAAUACCCUAGCGAACAGAUUGUUGACGAUGAAAAUGAAGACUUUGGUGAACUUCCACUCGAUACUUCUACAGGUGGUUUCACCAUUAAUUGGAUAGGGCUACCCGAAGGACAAGUCAAACAGCCAAGUGGCGAAGUUUUGUUACAAACUACAACCACAAGCUCUUCAAGUUCUUCAACGACAACACCAUCAACUGUGGACUUUGGUGAAGUUCCCCACGAAACUUCUGAAGGUGGUUUCACCAUUAAAUGGAUAGGGCACCCCGAAGGACAAGUGACACAUCCAAGUGGCGAAGUUAUAUUGCAAACUUCGACAACACCAUCAACUGUAGGUGAAGUUCCCCAAGAGACUACUCAAGGUGGCUUCACCAUUAACUGGACUGGGCUACCCAAUGGACAAGUAAACCAGCCAAGUGGCGAAGUUUUGUUACAAACUACAACCACAAGCUCUUUAAGUUCUUCAACGACAACACCAUCAACUAUAGACUUUGGUGAAGUUCCCCAUGAGACUUCUGAAGGUGGAUUCACAAUUAACUGGAUAGGGCACCCCGAAGGACAAGUGAAACAUCCAAGUGGCGAAGUUGUAUUGCAAACUUCGACAACACCAUCAACUGUAGGUGAAGUUCCCCAAGAGACUACUCAAGGUGGUUUCACCAUUAACUGGACUGGGCUACCCAAUGGACAAGUAAACCAGCCAAGUGGCGAAGUUUUGUUACAAACUACAACCACAAGCUCUUCAAGUUCUUCAACGACAACACCAUCAACUAUAGACUUUGGUGAAGUUCCCCAUGAGACUUCUGAAGGUGGAUUCACAAUUAACUGGAUAGGGCACCCCGAAGGACAAGUGAAACAUCCAAGUGGCCAAGUUGUAUUGCAAACUUCGACAACACCAUCAACUGUAGGUGAAGUUCCCCAAGAGACUACUCAAGGUGGCUUCACCAUUAACUGGACUGGGCUACCCAAUGGACAAGUGAACGAGCCAAGUGGCGAAGUUUUGUUACAAACUACAACCACAAGCUCUUCAAGUUCUUCAACGACAACACCAUCAACUGUGGACUUUGGUGAAGUUCCCCAUGAGACUUCUGAAGGUGGAUUCACAAUUAACUGGAUAGGGCACCCCGAAGGACAAGUGAAACAUCCAAGUGGCGAAGUUGUAUUGCAAACUUCGACAACACCAUCAACUGUAGGUGAAGUUCCCCAAGAGACUACUCAAGGUGGUUUCACCAUUAACUGGACUGGGCUACCCAAUGGACAAGUAAACCAGCCAAGUGGCGAAGCUUUGUUACAAACUACAACCACAACCUCUUCAAGUUCUUCAACGACAACACCAUCAACUGUGGACUUUGUUGAAGUUCCACAAGAGACUUCUGAAGGUGGUUUCACCAUUAACUGGAUAGGGCACCCCGAAGGACAAGUGAAACAGCCAAGUGGCGAAGUUAUAUUGCAAACUUCGACAACACCGUCAACUGUAGGUGAAGUUCCCCAAGAGACUACUCAAGGUGGUUUCACCAUUAACUGGACUGGGCUACCCAAUGGACAAGUAAGCCAGCCAAGUGGCGAAGUUUUGUUACAAACUACAACCACAAGCUCUUCAAGUUCUUCAACGACAACACCAUCAACUGUGGACUUUGGUGAAGUUCCACAAGAGACUUCUGAAGGUGGUUUCACCAUUAACUGGAUAGGGCACCCCGAAGGACAAGUGAAACAGCCAAGUGGCGAAGUUAUAUUGCAAACUUCGACAACACCGUCAACUGUAGGUGAAGUUCCCCAAGAGACUACUCAAGGUGGCUUCACCAUUAACUGGACUGGGCUACCCAAUGGACAAGUAAACCAGCCAAGUGGCGAAGUUUUGUUACAAACUACAACCACAAGCUCUUUAAGUUCUUCAACGACAACACCAUCAACUAUGGACUUUGGUGAAGUUCCCCAUAAGACUUCUGAAGGUGGAUUCACAAUUAACUGGAUAGGGCACCCCGAAGGACAAGUGAAACAUCCAAGUGGCGAAGUUGUAUUGCAAACUUCGACAACACCAUCAACUGUAGGUGAAGUUCCCCAAGAGACUACUCAAGGUGGUUUCACCAUUAACUGGACUGGGCAACCCAAUGGACAAGUAAACCAGCCAAGUGGCGAAGUUUUGUUACAAACUACAACCACAAGCUCUUCAAGUUCUUCAACGACAACACCAUCAACUGUGGACUUUGGUGAAGUUCCACAAGAGACUUCUGAAGGUGGUUUCACCAUUAACUGGAUAGGGCACCCCGAAGGACAAGUGAAACAGCCAAGUGGCGAAGUUAUAUUGCAAACUUCGACAACACCGUCAACUGUAGGUGAAAUUCCCCAGGAGACUACUCAAGGUGGCUUCACCAUUAACUGGACUGGGCUACCCAAUGGACAAGUAAACCAGCCAAGUGGCGAAGUUUUGUUACAAACUACAACCACAAGCUCUUUAAGUUCUUCAACGACAACACCAUCAACUAUGGACUUUGGUGAAGUUCCCCAUAAGACUUCUGAAGGUGGAUUCACAAUUAACUGGAUAGGGCACCCCGAAGGACAAGUGAAACAUCCAAGUGGCGAAGUUGUAUUGCAAACUUCGACAACACCAUCAACUGUAGGUGAAGUUCCCCAAGAGACUACUCAAGGUGGUUUCACCAUUAACUGGACUGGGCUACCCAAUGGACAAGUAAACGAGCCAAGUGGCGAAGUUUUGUUACAAACUACCACCAGAAGCUCUUUAAGUUCUUCAACCACAACACCAUCAACUGUGGACUUUGGUGAAGUUCCCCACGAGACUUCUGAAGGUGGUUUCACCAUUAACUGGAUAGAGCACCCCGAAGGACCUGUGACACAUCCAAGUGGCGAAGUUAUAUUGCAAACUUCGACAACACCAUCAACUGUAGGUGAAGUUCCCCAAGAGACUACUCAAGGUGGUUUCACCAUUAACUGGACUGGGCUACCCAAUGGACAAGUAAGCCAGCCAAGUGGCGAAGUUUUGUUACAAACUACAACCACAAGCUCUUCAAGUUCUUCAACGACAACACCAUCAACUGUGGACUUUGGUGAAGUUCCCCACGAAACUUCUGAAGGUGGUUUCACCAUUAACUGGAUAGGGCACCCCGAAGGACAAGUGACACAUCCAAGUGGCGAAGUUAUAUUGCAAACUUCGACAACACCAUCAACUGUAGGUGAAGUUCCCCAAGAGACUACUCAAGGUGGUUUCACCAUUAACUGGACUGGGCUACCCAAUGGACAAGUAAACCAGCCAAGUGGCGAAGUUUUGUUACAAACUACAACCACAAGCUCUUUAAGUUCUUCAACGACAACACCAUCAACUAUGGACUUUGGUGAAGUUCCCCAUGAGACUUCUGAAGGUGGAUUCACAAUUAACUGGAUAGGGCACCCCGAAGGACAAGUGAAACAUCCAAGUGGCGAAGUUGUAUUGCAAACUUCGACAACACCAUCAACUGUAGGUGAAGUUCCCCAAGAGACUACUCAAGGUGGUUUCACCAUUAACUGGACUGGGCUACCCAAUGGACAAGUGAACGAGCCAAGUGGCGAAGUUUUGUUACAAACUACAACCACAAGCUCUUCAAGUUCUUCAACGACAACACCAUCAACUGUGGACUUUGGUGAAGUUCCCCACGAAACUUCUGAAGGUGGUUUCACCAUUAACUGGAUAGGGCACCCCGAAGGACAAGUGACACAUCCAAGUGGCGAAGUUACAUUGCAAACUUCGACAACACCGUCAACUGUAGGUGAAGUUCCCCAAGAGACUACUCAAGGUGGUUUCACCAUUAACUGGACUGGGCUACCCAAUGGACAAGUAAGCCAGCCAAGUGGCGAAGUUUUGUUACAAACUACAACCACAAGCUCUUCAAGUUCUUCAACGACAACACCAUCAACUGUGGACUUUGGUGAAGUUCCACAAGAGACUUCUGAAGGUGGUUUCACCAUUAACUGGAUAGAGCACCCCGAAGGACCUGUGACACAUCCAAAUGGCGAAGUUAUAUUGCAAACUUCGACAACACCAUCAACUGUAGGUGAAGUUCCCCAAGAGACUACUCAAGGUGGUUUCACCAUUAACUGGACUGGGCUACCCAAUGGACAAGUAAGCCAGCCAAGUGGCGAAGUUUUGUUACAAACUACAACCACAAGCUCUUCAAGUUCUUCAACGACAACACCAUCAACUGUGGACUUUGGUGAAGUUCCCCACGAAACUUCUGAAGGUGGUUUCACCAUUAACUGGAUAGGGCACCCCGAAGGACAAGUGACACAUCCAAGUGGCGAAGUUAUAUUGCAAACUUCGACAACACCAUCAACUGUAGGUGAAGUUCCCCAAGAGACUACUCAAGGUGGCUUCACCAUUAACUGGACUGGGCUACCCAAUGAUCAAGUAAACCAGCCAAGUGGCGAAGUUUUGUUACAAACUACAACCACAAGCUCUUUAAGUUCUUCAACGACAACACCAUCAACUAUGGACUUUGGUGAAGUUCCCCAUGAGACUUCUGAAGGUGGAUUCACAAUUAACUGGAUAGGGCACCCCGAAGGACAAGUAAAACAUCCAAGUGGCGAAAUUGUAUUGCAAACUUCGACAACACCAUCAACUGUAGGUGAAGUUCCCCAAGAGACUACUCAAGGUGGCUUCACCAUUAACUGGACUGGCCUACCCAAUGUUCAAGUGAACGAGCCAAGUGGCGAAGUUUUGUUACAAACUACAACCACAAGCUCUUCAAGUUCUUCAACGACAACACCAUCAACUGUUGACUUUGGUGAAGUUCCCUACGAGACUUCUGAAGGUGGUUUCACCAUUAACUGGAUGGGGCACCCCGAAGGACAAGUGACACAUCCAAGGGGCGAAGUUAUAUUGCAAACUUCGACAACACCAUCAACUGUAGGUGAAAUUCUCCAAGAGACUACUCAAGGUGGUUUCACCAUUAACUGGACUGGGCUACCCAAUGGACAAGCAAACCAGCCAAGUGGCGAAGUUUUGUUACAAACAACCACCACAAGCUCUUCAAGUUCUUCAACGACAACACCAUCAACUGUGGACUUUGGUGAAGUUCCCCACGAGACUUCUGAAGGUGGUUUCACCAUUAACUGGAUAGGGCACCCCGAAGGACAAGUGACACAUCCAAGUGGCGAAGUUAUAUUGCAAACUUCGACAACACCAUCAACUGUAGGUGAAGUUCCCCAAGAGACUACUCAAGGUGGUUUCACCAUUAACUGGACUGGGCUACCCAAUGGACAAGUAAACCAGCCAAGUGGCGAAGUUUUGUUACAAACUACAACCACAAGCUCUUCAAGUUCUUCAACGACAACACCAUCAACUGUGGCCUUUGGUGAAGUUCCCCACGAAACUUCUGAAGGUGGUUUCACCAUUAACUGGAUAGGGCACCCCGAAGGACAAGUGACACAUCCAAGUGGCGAAGUUAUAUUGCAAACUUCGACAACACCAUCAACUGUAGGUGAAAUUCUCCAAGAGACUACUCAAGGUGGUUUCACCAUUAACUGGACUGGGCUACCCAAUGGACAAGCAAACCAGCCAAGUGGCGAAGUUUUGUUACAAACAACCACCACAAGCUCUUCAAGUUCUUCAACGACAACACCAUCAACUGUGGCCUUUGGUGAAGUUCCCCACGAAACUUCUGAAGGUGGUUUCACCAUUAACUGGAUAGGGCACCCCGAAGGACAAGUGACACAUCCAAGUGGCGAAGUUACAUUGCAAACUUCGACAACACCGUCAACUGUAGGUGAAGUUCCCCAAGAGACUACUCAAGGUGGUUUCACCAUUAACUGGACUGGGCUACCCAAUGGACAAGUAAGCCAGCCAAGUGGCGAAGUUUUGUUACAAACUACAACCACAAGCUCUUCAAGUUCUUCAACGACAACACCAUCAACUGUGGAAUUUGGUGAAGUUCCCCACGAAACUUCUGAAGGUGGUUUCACCAUUAACUGGAUAGGGCACCCCGAAGGACAAGUGACACAUCCAAGUGGCGAAGUUAUAUUGCAAACUUCGACAACACCAUCAACUGUAGGUGAAGUUCCCCAAGAGACUACUCAAGGUGGUUUCACCAUUAACUGGACUGGGCUACCCAAUGGACAAGUAAACCAGCCAAGUGGCGAAGUUUUGUUACAAACUACAACCACAAGCUCUUUAAGUUCUUCAACGACAACACCAUCAACUGUGGACUUUGGUGAAGUUCCCCAUGAGACUUCUGAAGGUGGAUUCACAAUUAACUGGAUAGGGCACCCCGAAGGACAAGUGAAACAUCCAAGUGGCGAAGUUGUAUUGCAAACUUCGACAACACCAUCAACUGUAGGUGAGGUUCCCCAAGAGACUACUCAAGGUGGUUUCACCAUUAACUGGACUGGGCUACCCAAUGGACAAGUAAACCAGCCAAGUGGUGAAGUUUUGUUACAAACUACAACCACAACCUCUUCAAGUUCUUCAACGACAACACCAUCAACUGUGGACUUUGGUGAAGUUCCCCACACGACUUCUGAAGGUGGUUUCACCAUUAACUGGAUAGGGCACCCCGAAGGACAAGUGAAACCGCCAAGUGGCGAAGUUAUAUUGCAAACUUUGACAACACCGUCAACUGUAGGUGAAGUUCCCCAAGAGACUACUCAAGGUGGUUUCACCAUUAACUGGACUGGGCUACCCAAUGGACAAGUAAGCCAGCCAAGUGGCGAAGUUUUGUUACAAACUACAACCACAAGCUCUUCAAGUUCUUCAACGACAACACCAUCAACUGUGGACUUUGGUGAAGUUCCACAAGAGACUUCUGAAGGUGGUUUCACCAUUAACUGGAUAGGGCACCCCGAAGGACAAGUGAAACAGCCAAGUGGCGAAGUUAUAUUGCAAACUUCGACAACACCGUCAACUGUAGGUGAAUUUCCCCAAGAGACUAAUCAAGGUGGUUUCAGUAUUAACUGGACUGGGCUACCCAAUGGACAAGUAAACCAGCCAAGUGGCGAAGUUUUGUUACAAACUACAACCACAAGCUCUUCAAGUUCUUCAACGACAACACCAUCAACUGUGGACUUUGGUGAAGUUCCACAAGAGACUUCUGAAGGUGGUUUCACCAUUAACUGGAUAGGGUACCCCGAAGGACAAGUGAAACAGCCAAGUGGCGAAGUUGUAUUGCAAACUUCGACAACACCGUCAACUGUAGGUGAAGUUCCCCAAGAGACUACUCAAGGUGGUUUCACCAUUAACUGGACUGGGCUACCCAAUGGACAAGAAAACCAGCCAAGUGGCGAAGUUUUGUUACAAACUACAACCACAAGCUCUUCAAGUUCUUCAACGACAACACCAUCAACUGUGGACUUUGGUGAAGUUCCACAAGAGACUUCUGAAGGUGGUUUCACCAUUAACUGGAUAGGGCACCCCGAAGGACAAGUGACACAUCCAAGGGGCGAAGUUAUAUUGCAAACUUCGACAACACCAUCAACUGUAGGUGCAAUUCCCCAAGAGACUACUCAAGGUGGUUUCACCAUUAACUGGACCGGGCUACCCAAUGGACAAGUAAACGAGCCAAGUGGCGAAGUUUUGUUACAGACUACCACCACAAGCUCUUCAAGUUCUUCAACCACAACACCAUCAACUGUGGACUUUGGUGAAGUUCCCUACGAGACUUCUGAAGCUGGUUUCACCAUUAACUGGAUAGAGCACCCCGAAGGACCUGUGACACAUCCAAGUGGCGAAGUUAUAUUGCAAACUUCGACAACACCAUCAACUGUAGGUGAAGUUCCCCAAGAGACUACUCAAGGUGGUUUCACCAUUAACUGGACUGGGCUACCCAAUGGACAAGUAAGCCAGCCAAGUGGCGAAGUUUUGUUACAAACUACAACCACAAGCUCUUCAAGUUCUUCAACGACAACACCAUCAACUGUGGACUUUGGUGAAGUUCCCCACGAAACUUCUGAAGGUGGUUUCACCAUUAACUGGAUAGGGCACCCCGAAGGACAAGUGACACAUCCAAGUGGCGAAGUUAUAUUGCAAACUUCGACAACACCAUCAACUGUAGGUGAAGUUCCCCAAGAGACUACUCAAGGUGGUUUCACCAUUAACUGGACUGGGCUACCCAAUGGACAAGUAAACCAGCCAAGUGGCGAAGUUUUGUUACAAACUACAACCACAAGCUCUUUAAGUUCUUCAACGACAACACCAUCAACUAUGGACUUUGGUGAAGUUCCCCAUAAGACUUCUGAAGGUGGAUUCACAAUUAACUGGAUAGGGCACCCCGAAGGACAAGUGAAACAUCCAAGUGGCGAAGUUGUAUUGCAAACUUCGACAACACCAUCAACUGUAGGUGAAGUUCCCCAAGAGACUACUCAAGGUGGUUUCACCAUUAACUGGACUGGGCUACCCAAUGGACAAGUGAACGAGCCAAGUGGCGAAGUUUUGUUACAAACUAUAACCACAAGCUCUUCAAGUUCUUCAACGACAACACCAUCAACUGUGGACUUUGGUGAAGUUCCCCACGAAACUUCUGAAGGUGGUUUCACCAUUAACUGGAUAGGGCACCCCGAAGGACAAGUGACACAUCCAAGUGGCGAAGUUAUAUUGCAAACUUCGACAACACCAUCAACUGUAGGUGAAGUUCCCCAAGAGACUACUCAAGGUGGUUUCACCAUUAACUGGACUGGGCUACCCAAUGGACAAGUAAACCAGCCAAGUGGCGAAGUUUUGUUACAAACUACAACCACAAGCUCUUUAAGUUCUUCAACGACAACACCAUCAACUAUGGACUUUGGUGAAGUUCCCCAUGAGACUUCUGAAGGUGGAUUCACAAUUAACUGGAUAGGGCACCCCGAAGGACAAGUGAAACAUCCAAGUGGCGAAGUUGUAUUGCAAACUUCGACAACACAAUCAACUGUAGGUGAAGUUCCCCAAGAGACUACUCAAGGUGGUUUCACCAUUAACUGGACUGGGCUACCCAAUGGACAAGUAAGCCAGCCAAGUGGCGAAGUUUUGUUACAAACUACAACCACAAGCUCUUCAAGUUCUUCAACGACAACACCAUCAACUGUGGACUUUGGUGAAGUUCCACAAGAGACUUCUGAAGGUGGUUUCACCAUUAACUGGAUAGGGCACCCCGAAGGACAAGUGAAACAGCCAAGUGGCGAAGUUAUAUUGCAAACUUCGACAACACCGUCAACUGUAGGUGAAGUUCCCCAAGAGACUACUCAAGGUGGUUUCACCAUUAACUGGACUGGGCUACCCAAUGGACAAGUAAACCAGCCAAGUGGCGAGGUUUUGUUACAAACUACAACCACAAGCUCUUCAAGUUCUUCAACGACAACACCAUCAACUGUGGACUUUGGUGAAGUUCCACAAGAGACUUCUGAAGGUGGUUUCACCAUUAACUGGAUAGGGCACCCCGAAGGACAAGUGAAACAGCCAAGUGGCGAAGUUAUAUUGCAAACUUCGACAACACCGUCAACUGUAGGUGAAGUUCCCCAAGAGACUACUCAAGGUGGUUUCACCAUUAACUGGACUGGGCUACCCAAUGGACAAGUAAGCCAGCCAAGUGGCGAAGUUUUGUUACAAACUACAACCACAAGCUCUUCAAGUUCUUCAACGACAACACCAUCAACUGAGGACUUUAGUGAAGUUCCCCACGAAACUUCUGAAGGUGGUUUCACAAUAAACUGGAUAGGGCACCCCGAAGGACAAGUGAAACAUCCAAGUGGCGAAGUUAUAUUGCAAACUUCGACAACACCGUCAACUGUAGGUGAAGUUCCCCAAAAGACUACUCAAGGUGGUUUCACCAUUAACUGGACUGGGCUACCCAAUGGACAAGUAAGCCAACCAAGUGGCGAAGUUUUGUUACAAACUACAACCACAAGCUCUUCAAGUUCUUCAACAACAACACCAUCAACUGUGGCCUUUGGUGAAGUUCCCCACGAAACUUCUGAAGGUGGUUUCACCAUUAACUGGAUAGGGCACCCCGAAGGACAAGUGACACAUCCAAGUGGCGAAGUUAUAUUGCAAACUUCGACAACACCAUCAACUGUUGGUGAAGUUCCCCAAGAGACUACUCAAGGUGGUUUCACCAUUAACUGGACUGGGCUACCCAAUGGACAAGUAAACCAGCCAAGUGGCGAAGUUUUGUUACAAACUACAACCACAAGCUCUUUAAGUUCUUCAACGACAACACCAUCAACUGCGGACUUUGGUGAAGUUCCCCACGAGACUUCUGAAGGUGGUUUCACAAUUAACUGGAUAGGGCACCCCGAAGGACAAGUGAAACAUCCAAGUGGCGAAGUUAUAUUGCAAACUUCGACAACACCAUCAACUGUAGGUGAAGUUCCCCAAGAGACUACUCAAGGUGGUUUCACCAUUAACUGGACUGGGCUACCUAAUGGACAAGUGAACGAGCCAAGUGGCGAAGUUUUGUUACAAACUACAACCACAAGCUCUUUAAGUUCUUCAACGACAACACCAUCAACUGUGGACAUUGGUGAAGUUCCCCACGAAACUUCUGAAGGUAUUUUCACCAUUAACUGGAUAGGGCAUCCCGAAGGACAAGUGAAACAUCCAAGUGGCGAAGUUAUAUUGCAAACUUCAACAACACCAUCAACUGUAGGUGAAGUUCCCCAAGAGACUACUCAAGGUGGUUUCACCAUUAACUGGACUGGGCUACCCAAUGGACAAGGAAACCAGCCAAGUGGCGAAUUUUUGUUACAAACUACAACCACAAGCUCUCCAAGUUCUUCAACGACAACACCAUCAACUGUGGACUUUGGUGAAUUUCCCCACGAGACUUCUGAAGGAGGUUUCACCAUUAACUGGAUGGGGCACCCCGAAGGACAAGUGAAACAGCCAAGUGGCGAAGUUAUAUUGCAAACUUCGACAACACCGUCAACUGUAGGUGAAGUUCCCCAAGAGACUACUCAAGGUGGUUUCACCAUUAACUGGACUGGGCUACCCAAUGGACAAGUGAACGAGCCAAGUGGCGAAGUUUUGUUACAAACUACAACCACAAGCUCUUCAAGUUCUUCAACGACAACACCAUCAACUGUGGACUUUGAUGAAGUUCCCCACGAAACUUCUGAAGGUGGUUUCACAAUAAACUGGAUAGGGCACCCCGAAGGACAAGUGAAACAGCCAAGUGGCGAAGUUAUAUUGCAAACUUCGACAACACCGUCAACUGUAGGUGAAGUUCCCCAAGAGACUACUCAAGGUGGUUUCACCAUUAACUGGACUGGGCUACCCAAUGCACAAGUAAACCAGCCAAGUGGCGAAGUUUUGUUACAAACUACAACCACAAGCUCUUCAAGUUCUUCAACGACAACACCAUCAACUGUGGACUUUGGUGAAGUUCCCCACGAGACUUCUGAAGGUGGUUUCACCAUUAACUGGAUAGGGCAAGCCGAAGGACAAGUGAAACAGCCAAGUGGCGAAGUCAUAUUACAAACUUCAACAACACCAUCAACUGUAGGUGAAGUUCCCCAAGAGACUACUCAAGGUGGUUUCACCAUUAACUGGACUGGGCCACCCAAUGGACAGGUGAACGAGCCAAGUGGCGAAGUUUUGUUACAAACUACAACCACAAGCUCUUUAAGUUCUUCAACGACAACACCAUCAACUGUGGACAUUGGUGAUGUUCCCCACGAAACUUCUGAAGGUGGUUUCACCAUUAACUGGAUAGGGCAUCCCGAAGGACAAGUGAAACAUCCAAAUGGCGAAGUUAUAUUGCAAACUUCAACAACACCAUCAACUGUAGGUGAAGUUCCCCAAGAGACUACUCAAGGUGGUUUCACCAUUAACUGGACUGGGCUACCCAAUGGACAAGUGAACGAGCCAAGUGGCGAAGUCUUGUUACAAACUACAACCACAAGCUCUUCAAGUUCUUCAACGACAACACCAUCAACUGUGGACUUUGGUGAAGUUCUCCAUGAAACUUCUGAAGGUGGUUUCACAAUAAACUGGAUAGGGCACCCCGAAGGACAGGUGAAACAUCCAAGUGGUGAAGUUAUAUUGCAAACUUCGACAACACCAUCAACUGUAGGUGAAGUUCCCCAAGAGACUACUCAAGGUGGUUUCACCAUUAACUGGACUGGGCUACCCAAUGGACAAGUGAACGAGCCAAGUGGCGAAGUUUUGUUACAAACUACAACCACAAGCUCUUCAAGUUCUUCAACGACAACACCAUCAACUGUGGACUUUGAUGAAGUUCCCCACGAAACUUCUGAAGGUGGUUUCACAAUAAACUGGAUAGGGCACCCCGAAGGACAAGUGAAACAUCCAAGUGGCGAAGUUAUAUUGCAAACUUCGACAACACCGUCAACUGUAGGUGAAGUUCCCCAGGAGACUACUCAAGGUGGUUUCACCAUUAACUGGACUGGGCUACCCAAUGGACAAGUAAACCAGCCAAGUGGCGAAGUUUUGUUACAAACUACAACCACAAGCUCUUUAAGUUCUUCAACGACAACACCAUCAACUGUGGACUUUGGUGAAGUUCCCCACGAGACUUCUGAAGGUGGUUUCACCAUUAACUGGAUAGGGCAAGCCGAAGGACAAGUGAAACAGCCAAGUGGCGAAGUCAUAUUACAAACUUCAACAACACCAUCAACUGUAGGUGAAGUUCCCCAAGAGACUACUCAAGGUGGUUUCACCAUUAACUGGACUGGGCCACCCAAUGGACAGGUGAACGAGCCAAGUGGCGAAGUUUUGUUACAAACUACAACCACAAGCUCUUUAAGUUCUUCAACGACAACACCAUCAACUGUGGACAUUGGUGAUGUUCCCCACGAAACUUCUGAAGGUGGUUUCACCAUUAACUGGAUAGGGCACCCCGAAGGACAAGUGAAACAUCCAAGUGGCGAAGUCAUAUUACAAACUUCAACAACACCAUCAACUGUUGGUGGAAAUCCCCAAGAGACUACUCAAGGUGGUUUCGCCAUUAACUGGACAGGGCACCCCGAAGGACAAUUGAAACAUCCAAGUGGCGAAGUUAUAUUACAAACUUCAACAACACCAUCAACUUUAGGUGAAGUUCCCCAAGAGACUACUCAAGGUGGUUUCACCAUUAACUGGACUGGGCUACCCAAUGGACAAGUAAACCAGCCAAGUGGCGAAGUUUUGUUACAAACUACAACCACAAGCUCUUCAAGUUCUUCAACGACAACACCAUCAACUGUGGACUUUGGUGAAGUUCCCCAUGAGACUUCUGAAGGUGGUUUCACCAUUAACUGGAUAGGGCAUCCCGAAGGACAAGUGAAACAUCCAAGUGGCGAAGUCAUAUUACAAACUUCAACAACACCAUCAACUGUUGGUGGAAAUCCCCAAGAGACUACUCAAGGUGGUUUCGCCAUUAACUGGACAGGGCACCCCGAAGGACAAUUGAAACAUCCAAGUGGCGAAGUUAUAUUACAAACUUCAACAACACCAUCAACUUUAGGUGAAGUUCCCCAAGAGACUACUCAAGGUGGUUUCACCAUUAACUGGACUGGGCUACCCAAUGGACAAGGAAACCAGCCAAGUGGCGAAUUUUUGUUACAAACUACAACCACAAGCUCUCCAAGUUCUUCAACGACAACACCAUCAACUGUGGACUUUGGUGAAGUUCCCCACGAGACUUCUGAAGGAGGUUUCACCAUUAACUGGAUGGGGCACCUCGAAGGACAAGUGAAACAGCCAAGUGUCGAAGUUAUAUUGCAAACUUCGACAACACCGUCAACUGUAGGUGAAGUUCCCCAAGAGACUACUCAAGGCGGUUUCACCAUUAACUGGACUGGGCUACCCAAUGCACAAGUAAACCAGCCAAGUGGCGAAGUUAUACCGCAAACUUCAACAACACCAUCAACUGUAGGUGAAGUUCCCCACGAGAUAUCUGAAGGUGGUUUCACCAUUAACUGGAUAGGGCACCCCGAAGGACAAGUGAAACAUCCAAGUGGCGAAGUUAUAUUGCAAACUUCGACAACACCAUCAACUGUAGGUGAAGUUCCCCAAGAGACUACUCAAGGUGGUUUCACCAUUAACUGGACUGGGCUACCCAAUGGACAAGUAAACCAGCCAAGUGGCGAAGCUUUGUUACAAACUUCAACAACGCCAUCAACUGUAGGUGAAAUUCCACAAGAGAUUACUCAAGGUGGUUUUACCAUUAACUGGACUGGGCUACCCAAUGGACAAGGAAACCAGCCAAGUGGCGAAUUUUUGUUACAAACUACAACCACAAGCUCUCCAAGUUCUUCAACGACAACACCAUCAACUGUGGACUUUGGUGAAGUGCCCCACGAGACUUCUGAAGGUGGUUUCACCAUUAACUGGAUAGGGCACCCCGAAGGACAAGUGACACAGCCAAGUGGCGAAGUCAUAUUACAAACUUCAACAACACCAUCAACUGUAGGUGGAAAUCUCCAAGAGACUACUCAAGGUGGUUUCACCAUUAACUGGACUGGGCUACCCAAUGCACAAGUAAACCAGCCAAGUGGCGAAGUUAUACCGCAAACUUCAACAACACCAUCAACUGUAGGUGAAGUUCCCCACGAGAUUUCUGAAGGUGGUUUCACCAUUAACUGGAUAGGGCACCCCGAAGGACAAGUGACACAGCCAAGUGGCGAAGUCAUAUUACAAACUUCAACAACACCAUCAACUGUAGGUGGAAAUCUCCAAGAGACUACUCAAGGUGGUUUCACCAUUAACUGGACUGGGCUACCCAAUGCACAAGUAAACCAGCCAAGUGGCGAAGUUAUACCGCAAACUUCAACAACACCAUCAACUGUAGGUGAAGUUCCCCAAAAGACUACUCAAAGUGGUUUCACAAUUAAUUGGACUGGGCUACCCAAUGGACAAGAUCAGACUACAACUUCUCGUCCUUAUGAAUCUAAUGAAUCUAUCUCGUAUAGUGGAGUUUUUAGUGAAGAGAAUAUUGAAACACAAUCAACAACAGAAGUUCCUGAAGAAUCGUUUGAAUACAACUCUAUUAGUGGGACAUAUAACGAAGAAUAUGGUCAGAUCAACGCAACAACUGGAAAUCCUGAGGAAUCAAAUGAAUCCAGCUUGAGUGAAGAAUCUGGGGAAUUUGGCUGGAUAAGUGGAGCUUUUAAUGAAACAUCCUCUCAAAACCAGUCAAAGACAGAAGAUUCGGAUUAUUCAGAUGAAUCUGGUUGGAUAAGCGAUGCAUCGAAUGAAGAAGAUGGCCAAGGUUUUUCAACCACUGAAGGGCCUGAAGAAUCGUAUGAAUCCGGGUGGAUGAGUGGAACAUAUAAUGAACAACAGACUGACAUAUCAUCAACAACAACUGAAAGUCCAGAAGAAUCUGAUGAAUCUGGUUGGAUGAGUGGAACAUAUAUUGGGGAACGUAUUGAAAAUACUUCAACAACAACUGAAAGUCCAGAAGAAUCUGAUGAAUCUCGUUGGAUGAGUGGAACAUAUAUUGGGGAACGUAUUGAAAAUACUUCAACAACAACUGAAAGUCCAGAAGAAUCUGAUGAAUCGGGUUGGAUGAGUGGAACAUACAUUGGGGAACGUAUUGAAAAUACUUCAACAACUACUGAAAGUCCAGAAGAAUCUGAUGAAUCGGGUUGGAUGAGUGGAACAUAUAUUGGGGAACGUAUUGAAAAUACUUCAACAACAACUGAAAGUCCAGAAGAAUCUGAUGAAUCUGGUUGGAUGAGUGGAACAUAUAUUGGGGAACGUAUUGAAAAUACUUCAACAACAACUGAAAGUCCAGAAGAAUCUGAUGAAUCUGGUUGGAUGAGUGGAACAUAUAUUGGGGAACGUAUUGAAAAUACUUCAACAACAACUAAAAGUCCAGAAGAAUCUGAUGAAUCUGGUUGGAUGAGUGGAACAUAUAUUGGGGAACGUAUUGAAAAUACUUCAACAACAACUGAAAGUCCAGAAGCGGGAACAUAUAAUGCAGAAUAUACUGAAAAUAAGUCAGCAGCUGAACGUCCUGAUGAGUCUGAUGAAUCUGGGUGGAUGAGUGGCACAUACAGCCAAAACUAUGGAAGGGAAACAACAACUGAAAUUUCUCCAAGUAUGUCAGGUUCGAUAAGAGGCGAAAUUAAUAUAGAUGAAGACAGUGAAUUUGAAGAAAACGUCGUGGAGACAGAAAAAAUCAUUGAACCAUCUGGAGUUGUAGACGAUAUAACAAUAAACGAAUCAGAUAAAAAUACAGUUGUAAGAAACCCCGAUGGUAGCAUAACUAAGACCUUUAGUGAAACAUGGUCCGAAACAAUUAAACCAGAUUCAAGCGAGGAAAACGUACCUUCGGAUGAGCCAGCAAAUUCCGAUGAGCAAACUGAUGAACAAAACCUCACAAUUGAAGCAACAACUCCACUCAGCACUGAAAUUGGUAAUGCUGGGGAAGUUAAGGGCCACGCACCCAACAGUAUUGGUUACCCAAGCAAUCCAUCAAUGGGCUACUUGAAUGGCCAGUGGUGGGGCGGACAACAGCAGGGGCAUAGUCCAGUUCAAAAUCCAACCCAAAUCCCAGCACAUCCACCAAUUAAUAACCCGGCUUGGAUGAGCGGUUCUUUAACAAUCAAUGGGAUCAGAGGUGGUCACGCACCUGCCUACCAACCUCCACCUCCUCCACAACAUCCACAAUAUAAUUAUGGAUAUACCCAGGGUUAUGGAUAUGGCUAUGGACCCAUGCACGGCCUCCCUCAUGGACCUGUGCACGGAUCUCUUCAUGGAUCUCCGCAUCUAGGUCCACACGGUUCUACUCAAGGACAACUUCAUGUAGGUCCUCAAGGUGCUCUUCAAAAGCCUCCCCACGCAUCACCCCAUGGACCACCCCAAGGACCUCUACAUGGAUCUAUACAUGGAACAAUACAUGCACCCCCACAUGGACCUUCUUAUGGAGCUCCUCAUGUACCUCCUCAUGGAUCUCCACAUGGACUUCCUCAUGCAUCUCCUCAUGGACUUCCUCAUGAAUCUCCACAUGGACUUCCCCAUGGAUCUCCACAUGGACUUCCCCAUGGAUCUCCCCACGGAUCUCCACAUGGACUUCCCCAUGGAUCUCCACAUGGACUUCCCCAUGGUUCUCCACAUGGACCUUCUUAUGGACCUCCUCAAGGACCAAUCCACGGGCCUCCUUACGGACCACACACUGGACAAGGACCACUUCAAAGACCUCCUCAAGGACCACUUCAAGGACUUCCUCAUGGUCCACAUGGAACUAUUCAAGGAUCUUCGCAUGUAUCUGCACAUGGAUCUCUUACCCACGCACCAAUACAAAGUUCUCCUCACGGAACAAUGAAUGCAGCUUCUCAUGGAUCAAUACAUGGAGCAAUACACGGACCACCUCAUGCACCUCCUCAUGGCCUUGUUCAUGGAGCUGCUUUUGGAAUGAAUCAUGGGCCACAAUACAGUCACGGAAUGGGACAUGGUCCUCAAUAUGGACCAAGUCACGGUCAUGGACAUGGAUACAUGUACGGGCAUAAUUUGAUGCAUGGCCAUGGGCACGGUCACGGACACAUGCAUGGACAUGAUCAUGGUCAUGGACAUGGACACGGACAUAUGCAUGGACAUGGUCAUAUGCGUGGACAUGGGCAUGGACGAAGACGUGGACAUGGACACGGACACGGACAUGGACAUUUGCAUAUGCAUGGUCAUGGACACGGCCAUGGACACGGACAUCACCAUCACCACGAUCAUCACCACCAUGAUGAUCACCACCACGACCAUCAUGACCAUCACGAUGAUCAUCACCAUGAUCACCAUGAUGACCAUCACGAUGUAAAACCCUCAAUAACCUUAACAAUUGGUGAACACGAUCAUGAUCAUGACCAUGAUCAUUUGGAACCUCAAGUUAAUGGUCAAUUGCAACUUAACGCAAGCAGUCACAUUGUUGCAAAAACUCACCAAAAUAAUGUCCAAAUUCAACUUCCCGUUUCACAAGAACCCUCCAACUCAAAUCAACGAACACCUUCAGGAAAGAAGAAACCCAAAACAAUGAGCACAAUUACGAUUAAUCUUGACAAGGGAAGAAAACCAAAAAGGCCAAUUGGAAGGCCAAUUGGAAGGCCACUAUCUCCAAAAGCAGUAGAUAUUAAACCAGUUCAGGGCAGAUUACCAAUGCUUGGUAGUCCCCCAUCUACCGGUAGCAUAAAUCCUCCAAAUUUUAAUUCCAUGAAUAUGAAUGGAAAUACUAACCAAUAUUCAUCAGCGAGCUUCACCUAUGGAAUGAAUGGAGGCCAAGCCCCACUGAAUAAUUUCAACUACCCACCCCAUCAGCAACCACCAAACUUUGGUCAUGGUCAAGUCGGUAGCCCUCCACAAAUGUAUUCACCUAUGAAUCCUGCUCAAAUUCCACCACCACCAUUUCCAGCUGGAAAUGGAUUUCAACAGAGUGGUUUAUACGGAGUAAAUCAAUAUUCACCAAAUGUUCCAACAGGAGACAUUGGAGGAGGAAUGUCGAUGAAUGUAAAUUCAAAUGGAAACCGAAUGAAGAGAAGGGGACAAUUUGGACCUAGAUUGUAGAAUUUGUGAUCCACAAUUAAUAAACUGCUAGCUGUAUAAAUACUUUAUGAUUAGUUCCUCCAUUAUGGAGUGUUAUUAUAAUUUUAUGAUAAAACGAUUCGAUGUAAUUUAUUUUGGUUUUGAAAGAGAAAUAAAACGAAACAAAAAAUGUUAA